AUGAUCGAAAUGCAUACGGCGGAACCAAUGCAAGUGGAUGUUCCACUUGAAGAUAAUGAAAACAAUGAGGCAGAGUGUUAUGUGGUUGAAAAUCCUACCUUAGACUUAGAAACUUAUGCUGCAUCAUAUACUGGCUUUGCUAGGUUAUACAGAUUAAUGUUUGUAGCAGAUCAUUGUCCAUCACUAAGAUUAGAAGCACUCAAAAUGGCUAUAUCUUAUGUUAUGACCACAUAUAAUGUAAGCCUUUACCAAUCACUCCAUAAAAAACUAGCUGAAGCCAUAGCUACAGCAGGACUGCCUGAUGUUGCUGUACAAAUGGGUUCACAAGAUAUACCAGUUCUGGACUCCAUGUGGGUGGAAUCAAAAACCAAGAAAGCUGCCAUAAAACUGGAAAAAUUAGAUACUGAUCUUAAAAAUUACAAAACUAACUCCAUAAAAGAAAGCAUUAGAAGGGGACACGAUGAUUUAGGAGAUCACUAUCUAGAUUGUGGUGAUCUUACUAGUGCUUUGAAAUGUUACUCUAGAGCUCGAGACUACUGCACAAGUGGCAAGCAUAUAAUAAUGAUGUGCCUGAAUGUAGUUAAAGUUUCAGUGUAUUUACAAAAUUGGUCUCAUGUUCUGAAUUUUGUAUCUAAAGCAGAAGGAACUCCAGAUUUCAAUGAAGCCUCAGGAAAAGACUCAAAUCAAGCCAUACUGACCCGUUUAAAAUGUGCCGCUGGUCUAGCUGAGCUUGCAACUAAAAAAUAUAAAUCUGCUGCAAAACAUUUCUUAGCUGCUAGCAUUGACCACUGUGACUACCCAGAACUGCUCAGUAGCAAUAACGUUGCAGUCUAUGGAGGUCUCUGUGCAUUGGCAACAUUUGAUAGGUCUGAGCUUCAAAAGCAAGUAAUAGUUAGCAGUUCUUUUAAAUUAUUCUUAGAACUAGAACCACAGUUACGAGACAUAAUUUUUAAAUUUUAUGAAUCUAAAUAUGCUUCUUGCUUAAGGUUACUGGAUGAGAUUCGAGACAAUCUACUAUUAGAUAUGUAUUUAGCACCACACUUGAAUUCUUUGUACAUGCAAAUACGCAACAGAGCAUUAAUUCAGUACUUCAGUCCCUAUCUCUCAGCUGAUAUGCGUCUCAUGGCUGCCGCAUUUAAUUGUACGGUGAAUGCUCUGGAAGAUGAACUAAUGCAAUUAAUACUUGAUGGACAAAUUCAAGCACGCAUUGAUUCACAUAAUAAAAUACUAUAUGCUAAAGAUGUGGACCAAAGGAGUACUACUUUUGAAAGAAGUCUAGCAAUGGGGAAGGAAUAUCAGCGGCGGACCUCUAUGUUAAUUCUACGUGCUGCUAUGCUCAAAAAUCAAAUACAUGUUAAGAAUGUUGGACGUGAAGCCGGGCCGCAAAGUGGAGAGGCCCCUGGUUCUAGCACCAGCCUCACAACUCGCACUUUCGAAACUGUACCCUUG